CCAGCCUAACAAUGUAAUCUUAUUAAUUACAUGACCUUUGAUCACACACAUACAGAGAGAGAGAGAGAGAGAGAGAGAGCAGGCGAGAGAGGGAGAGAGAGAGAGAGAGAAUAGGUGGAAGAUGCUCCUGACAAGGGAUGACGGCGAGAAUAAGAAUAUGGGACAUGUCUGUCUGCCCGGAGGCGCUGAAAGAGCUACUGCCGCCUGAAUUCAGCUGGAGUGAGUGACGGGGAGAUCCAGCUCAGUAUUGAUGCUGUCUCCGCCACAGGACCUGGGAAGACUGACGGGAGCCUUCGAGCUGACCACCCAUCCCCUUUCAAACCAGUGAGGACGCAAAACAAUGAGACAAUUAAUUCAUAAAUAAAUCGGCAAAUUCCUGAAUCAACCAAUUAAUUGAUUAAUUCAUUCAUUAAGCGUGGGUAUCUCGUUCUCUUCUAACGAUUGGAGGCAGCGGCACGCCGGGACUGUACCGUGGCGCUCGGGCGCUUCACUCUUACCGCCGCCCUAACAAGCCUUUUUUUUUUUUUUUUGCUUGGCUUCGGAACUCAUUGGAGUAAACAACCAUCGCGGCACUGUCAGAUCCGAAGACGCCACCUUCGACGACAGGGUUUCUGCUGUAUUCGCCGCUGACCGCAGAACUGAACCCGACACGACACAGCUCGGUUCGCUGGAUCCAGUCGCCGCAUCGCCGGGCGGAGAAAAGAGCCGCAGGUGCGUGUGUGAUCAGAGGGAGGGAGCGAGAGAGAGAGAGAGACCGGGCCACCCCACCUUAUGCCCCGUAAGAUCAUACUCCGCGCUGGCGAGCACAGACGGACGUGGGGUCACAUACAGCGACGGAGCCUCCAUGAGCGUCAGAGCGCUCGCUUCCAGCCCCACUGGAUCCGUUGACUAGACGCGGGGACAGAAGGAGAAGGAGCAGCGAGUUGGGAAGUUUUGAUGCAUAUGAUCACAACGACCAUGAUCUUUAUGAUUCUUGGGGCUUCUGUUGUAAUGGCGAUAGCGUGUUUAAUGGACAUGAACGCGCUACUGGAUCGCUUUCACAACUAUAUCUUACCGCAUUUACGAGGGGAGGACCGCGUCUGUCAUUGCAACUGUGGAAGGCAUCAUGUCCACUAUGUGAUCCCGUACGACGGCGACCAGUCUCUGGUGGACUCGUCGGAGAACUACUUUGUGAGCGACAGCGUGACCAAGCAGGAGAUGGACCUGAUGCUGGGGCUGCUGCUGGGCUUCUGCAUCAGCUGGCUGCUGCUGUGGCUGGACGGGGCCCUGCAGUGCGCCAUCCGGGCCUGGAGGGCCAGCCGCCAGUACGAUGCCCCAUCGUGGUCGUGGCUUCCACGCUUCUGUAACCUGCGGGACUUGCGCAGGCGCAUACAGCUGCGGCAGCUGGAGGAGUCUGGCGGGAACAUGGUGCACAUCAAGCAGAAGCUCUACCACAAUGGCCACCCCAGCCCCCGUCACCUCUGACUCUCGAGGGGCGCGUCCCGGACCACCCUCGCCCCCACCUCC